AUGAGCACUGUCAAGCUGGACUCUGUAGGGGAGGCAGACAUCGUGGCUUGCCUGGCAGAGUUCGCCACCUUGCCAUCUCCCUGCCCUCCCCAGGUGGGCAAGGCCAGGGAACAACCCCCACCUCCUCAGACUGAUCCCAGCACCUCCCUUGGGCCCCAGGCUGUGGAACUGGGAAUGACAGCCACCAGAUUGUUUACUGGCCCUCCAUCUGCCCCUGGGGGCUGCCUGGCCCACCUUGCAGGACCGGUUCUCUCCUCCUCAUCCUCCUGCCUCCCUUGUGCUGCCUUUCUCUUCCCUCCCCGCCCCUUUGUCCCACUGCCUCUUGCCUGUUUCCUAAAACUGGCCUGUGGCGCUCAGGGUCAAACGGACUAUCCAUUCUCCAGCAUGAAUGUGCCUUUUAAUUAG